AUUUUCGAAGACCUGCGGGAUUUCUGGAUUGACAUCGCCAUCUUCUACCGAAUUUCUUGAGCUGGAAUUCUACUUUGAUUAAAUAUUAAAACGUGUAAUUUCUUUCAAAUUCAUAUUUUGAUGACAAGAAGAUGUCAGGGGACAUAAGAUCGGAGCUGUUUACGGGCUGGGGAUAUGUGCCAGAAAAAGUGAAGAAAGCCCAGCGGAAAAUCCAAGUUUAUCCGUGUGACACCGACGCAUGGAAUAUUCUUUUACGAGAAGCCCAGAACCAACCAGUGGAGAAAGCCAGGACCCUAUAUGAGCUUGUGGUUACGACGUUUGCCAACUCCGGACGCUACUGGAAGAACUACGUGGAGCAAGAGAUGAGAGGAAAGAACUACGAAAGAGUUGAAAAGCUGUUUCAACGAUGCUUGAUGAAAGUGCUGAACAUUGAUCUGUGGAAGUGCUACCUGGCCUAUGUCAAGGAGACUAAGGGGAGUCUAUCAUCGUACAGAGAAAAGAUGGCCCAGGCUUACGACUUUGCCUUGGAUAAGAUGGGAAUGGAUAUCUUUUCUUUUCCUAUCUGGAACGAUUAUAUCAACUUCUUGAAGGGAGUUGAAGCUGUAGGUUCGUAUGCCGAGAACCAGAGGAUUACUGCUGUACGACGUGUAUUCCAACGAGGUAUCGUCAACCCCAUGUCAAAUAUUGAGGCUCUCUGGAAAGACUACAACAAUUAUGAAAACGGAAUCAAUGUGAUGAUAGCAAAAAAGAUGAUUGAAGAUAGAAGCAGAGAUUACAUGAAUGCCAGGAGAGUUGCCAAGGAGUAUGAAGCUAUCACAAAGGGUCUCAAUCGGAACAACCCAUCCGUUCCUCCAACCGGUACAGCUGAAGAGGCAAGGCAGAUAGAACUCUGGAAGAAAUAUGUGAAUUGGGAGAAACAGAAUCCACUUAGGACAGAGGAUCAGAUGCUUAUUACAAAGAGAGUAAUGUUUGCCUUUGAGCAGUGUCUCCUGUGUCUUGGACAUCACCCUGAUGUAUGGUAUGAGUUUGCUCUCUAUUUGGAAAGCGCUAGUAGGAUAUUCACAGAGAAAGGGGACAUGAACAGUGGAAAGGUGUACAGUGAUGAAGCAGCUGCAGUCUACGAAAGAGCCAUCUCAACAUUUAUGAAGAAAAACUACCUGAUAUAUUUUGCUUAUGCUGACUUUGAAGAGGGGAGGAUGAAGUACGAGAAGGUUCAUAAUAUCUACUCAAGGAUGUUAGCACAGGAGGAUGUUGACCCAACUCUGGUAUAUGUGCAGUAUAUGAAGUUUGCCAGACGAGCGGAGGGCAUCAAGGCAGCAAGGACGGUAUUCAAGAAAGCUAGAGAGGAUCCAAGGAGCAAGUAUCAUGUCUUUGUGGCUGCAGCUCUCAUGGAAUACUACUGUAGCAAGGACUCACAAGUAGCUUUCAAGAUCUUUGAGUUGGGUCUAAAGAAGUAUGGCAAUGUUCCAGAGUACAUCCUAGCCUAUGUAGACUACCUUUCACAUCUCAAUGAGGAUAAUAAUACAAGGGUUCUGUUUGAGAGAGUUCUUACAUCGGGAAGCCUUCCUCAAGAGCAGUCUGGAGAGAUCUGGUUACGAUUUGAAGAUUUUGAGUCGACAUCGGGAGAUCUAGCGAGUAUUAUCAAGGUGGAGAAGAGACGGCAGACCAUCUUCAAGACAGAUUACAAAGAUCGCGAGACGAGCCUCUUGGUUGACAGAUAUAGAUACCUUGAUCUUUUCCCAUGCAACCCAGCUGAACUCAAAGCAUUGGGAUACAAGGAUCUCAAGCAAUCAAACAAGGUGUUUGCGAUCUCCGUCAAUCCAGUCAGCUCAGAACAGAGUCAAGGCACUGAGGAGGGAGGUGAAGCGGCAAGAGAGAGCAAACAAGAAGAGAUCUUCAGACCAAGUCUGGAUCAGAUGCUUCCCUUUAGGCCCCGUGUUGCACCAUUACCUGGUGCCCACCCAGUUCCCGGAGGUGAUUUCCCUCUGCCGUUGGCUGCUUCUAUGGUCCUGACCAAACUCCCCCCACCUCAAAGCUUUCAGGGACCAUUUGUCAAGGUCGAUGACCUCAUUAGGUUAAUAGCUGAAUGCCGGUUACCAGAACCAUCUCACGAGCCUGUACCACUCCCCAACGGCAUGGAGCAGGAAGACAGCCAGGGAGACGGCGAACUGAAACGCAAACGAGGCAUGGUCGCGGGCAAGCCGGCCGAGGAGGACUCCGAUGACGAAGAGUCUUCCCAGCAUGCACCACGACAUGAUAUCUACCGAAGCAGGCAGCAGAAGAGAGUCAAGUGAAGGGUGUUCGUUCAAUUUCAUUUUCAUGCGGCCAAAUUCAGAAGAAAGAAGGACUGUAUCUGCUACUGUUUUAAAGCUAUGGACUGUUAACAGAGCUGGCGAAUGGAAAAUGAUUAUUACUAUUUCAAACUUGUGGACAACAUAUUUGAAUGAGGGCUAGUCAUUAAAUUCUUAUUGUCAUUGAGCUGAAUUCGGAAGGAAUAUAUUUGCUAGUGUCUCAAAGCUGUGGACUGGCAACAGUAUGUGAAAAGUGGGAAGAACUAAGAACUAUAACUUCUUCAAAAGUCCAGACAGUGGACUUGAGUGAGGGAUGUCCUUCAUUUUCAUGAGGCCCAAUUCAAAAGGAAGAAAUGUACUUGCUACUGUUUCAAAGCUGUGAACUCUUAUUGAACAGUAUUUAAAUGUUGGGAAGCGGUGUUUCUUACUAUUUCUAAUCAGCAUAUGAGAGUCGAGGGAGGGGUGUUCGUUUAUUUUCACAGAAAUCUCAUAUCAUCACCAUAAGAAGAGGGACAGUCGAUGAAUUUUGAAAACUAUUGUGAUCUUAUGAAGGUGCUGAAUCACCCGUGACUGUUGCUGGGCUUGCCCAUGACAGUUUGUUCUUCAUCAUCAACCUGCAAAUUGCUCAAUGUCAUAUGAAUGUUGUUAUUUUUUUAAAUUUAUGCUACAAUUGGUUACAUAGUACUAUGCACACAUAUGGGCCUGUUCAGAUAUGGUGCUACAACCCACCCCAUGUGUGAAUAGCACCCAUGUGUUAUUUCUAAAAGUAUCAACUUGGUAGAGUGCUCAAGGUGAUGCCCUGAUUGUUACCGUGGCUUUAUAUUUUCCUAGCAUUUUGAAGAAGUUUAUUGGUAGACAACUAUUUCAAUUCUGGCAGCCCAAGAUAUUCUGAUCCAUCUUCAGUUUUUGUCAUUCCACAUUCAAUUUGACUUAAGAAGACAAAUGUUAAGUGGGUGUGUAGCACCAUAUGUGAAUGAGCCUGUAUUGACUAAUUAUUACUUGUACACCUAUCACGUCACAUAAGAACAGGCAUGGAAAGAUGAUAGAUCGUGAGGAAAGGUAAGUAAUUUUUCCAGACCGAUGUCACAGUCGCAAUCUCAUAUUCUAGACAGAGAGUUGCAAUAUUCUAUCCAGUUGUGAGUUAAUACAUGUAUGUUGCACCCAUAAAAGAGCCAGGGGGUGGUUUCAUAAAGCUGCAAUUAAGUUUAUGCAUGACUAUACACAAGACCGGUGAUCCUUUCUUGUGCUAAAUGAUAUAUACCUAUGUAACUGACUUAGCACCUAAAAACAUAUUCUAGUUGUGUGUAAAGUCUUUUGUAACUUUAUGAACAAGGUUUAUGACACCCCACCCGGAUCAUUUAACAUCAAUGAAUGCGUUUUUCCCUCAAAAACUGGUGUUUCUAUAUUUUGAUGAUUGUGACUUUUGCCCUCCUUUUGUUAGUCAACGUUUAGUCAUAUCCAGCUAAUUCUGUCUUCAACUUGAACGGAUAAAUCAAUUGCAAAGAACCAAAAGUGAAUAUUUGGUUGAACCAGUUUAAAUAAUUUACAUUGAUUGCCAUUAUUUCUCAUCAAAUGUAUUUCUGUUAGUAUUUAAUUUUGAAUUUUACAUGUCUAUCCGUCUUGUGGAUAAAAACCAUUUCAUCAGCAGGAACGAUGUAGCUGAUGUGAUUCUGUACGUUCCAUCUGUAUAUAUUAAAAAUAUGUAUGUUUUUUACUUAAUAAAAGUAAAAAUGAAAAAAAAAA